ACUUCAGCAGGCAAACUACUACAGAGAACCAUGUCAGCAAAGGGAGCAGCCCAGACCAAAGAUCCAUGUGCUCCAGUGCAGGUAUGCCAGGAUCAGGCUCCCAAAUGCCAGGAUCAGGCUCCCAAAUGCCAGGAUCAGGCUCCCAAAUGCCAGGACCCAUGUCCCCCACCUAUAAGCCAAGAUCCCUGUGCACCAGUUGACCCCUGCCAGCAACAAGGCAAAGACAAAGGACACCACCAUCACCACCACCAUCACCAAGAAGCACAUGGGGGUGGAGUCAAGAAGUAAAGGCCAUGGAAACAUCCUUCCAAACUGCUGUACCUAAGAAUGUUACAGAUGGAAUGGAAUAGACUGUCACUGUCUGUUCUUUUAUCUAUAUUGAUGAGAAAGGCAUAACACAUCUUGAAAGUGUUCUAUUUCACUUAUUAAAUGCAUUCUUCUGAUUAAUUUA